GUCCUCUGUCUCCCUCUGAGCACAGAGGAGGGGGAGGCGCACAUGCAUUGAGGGAAGCACACUUGCACACAUAGUAGUAGCAGCCGCAUUUUCACAGGCUGCUCUUCAGACUGACAGCAGCAAACGGAGUUGAGAGGCAGCGCAAUAGAGCGAGGGAAACAAGGCAGGCAUCCAGAGAGGAGAGCAAAGCAGAGGAGGCUCACGCAGGGUUUCCCCUUACUGCCCUUUGGCUCUCUGGGACCCACAAAAGGAAUCUCCUCUGUGCUCUUCUUGAGCUGAACUUGCUUUGCCAGAAGACCUGCACCCCACUAUGGCAGCCCUGGUGGGACAUGGGAACCCUUGUCCCCUCUUAUCUGAUUCCUCUAAACUGUGGACUACCUUUAUUUUGGGUGUGUUGACCCUUUCGACUCAAGUCUGGGGCUUUAACUUGGAUACUACUCACACACUGCAUAAGUUGGGAGACCCUGGCACCUUCUUUGGCUUCUCUCUUGCGCUUCACCAGCAGCGUAAUCCAGACCCUCAGAGCUGGAUACUGGUGGGAGCUCCAAGGGCGGCAGGGCAGGGUAAGUUGACGGGCAGUCGACCAGGAGCCCUGUUCAGGUGUCCGAUCACACCAGAGGAGUACGACUGUGAGAGGGUUGACAUCGAUGGAGACGUGAGGUGGGACAGAGAGAGCAAGCACAACCAGUGGCUGGGAGUUACAGUCAAGAGUCAGGGCAUUGGAGGGAAGGUUGUGACCUGCGCUCAUCUAUACGAACUUAGGCAACGUGUAAACCAGUCAUCAGAGACUCGGGAUCCCAUUGGGCGUUGCUAUGUCCUGAGUGAGGACCUGACUAAUCGAGAUGACCUGGACGGAGGAGAAUGGAAGUUUUGUGAGGGUCGGCCACAGGGACACGAGCAGUUCGGUUUCUGUCAGCAGGGCCUGUCUGUCAGUUUCACCCCAGACAAAAACUUCAUUCUGUUCGGUGCUCCAGGAACAUACAACUGGAAAGGCGAGAUGCGUGUUCAGCUCCUAAACCAGACUCUGCUUGACCUCGGUGUCUAUGACGACGGACCUUACGAGGUGGCAGAUGAAAAACAACUUAAUGCCCAGCUCAUCCCUGUGCCCUACCACAGUUACCUGGGGUUUUCUGUUGACUCUGCCAUGGGAAUAAUGAGUCUCGGAGAGCUAACCUUCGUGGCCGGUGCUCCCCGAGCCAAUCACACCGGGGCGGUGGUGCUGCUGAAGAAAGACAAUGUGUACCGGUUGGUGCCACAGCACAUCUUCUGGGGGGAGGAGCUGGCCUCUUCAUUCGGAUAUUCAGUUGCCACCACAGAUCUCAACAGUGAUGGCUGGACGGACCUGAUUGUUGGAGCUCCUAACUUUUUUGACCGUAAAGCAGAGAUUGGUGGAGCUGUUUAUGUGUAUCUAAACCCGUUUGGUCACUGGGAUGAUCAGGCUCGACCCAUCCGCCUCAACGGGACAUACGACUCCAUGUUUGGGAUGACAGUCAGCAACGUUGGAGAUCUAGACCAGGACGGAUAUGGAGAUAUUGCUGUGGGAGCACCGUUUGAUGGAGAUGGAAAAGUUUUUAUCUAUAGAGGCUCAAAAUCUGGAAUUGAGACAAAACCUGCUCAGGUGCUGGAUGGCCGGGACUUUGAUGUGAGACGUUUUGGAUAUUCUAUCUCAGGGGGUUUGGAUAUCGACAACAAUCACUACCCAGAUGUGGCAGUGGGCUCGCUGAACGAUUCAGUGGUUCUCUUCAGAUCUCGUCCUGUCAUCCAUGUGAAGAGAGACAUAACUAUUGAUCCUCCACAAAUAGAUUUGGAGCAGUCCAACUGCAAAGACAGAGAUGGAGUCUGUGUGGAGGUCAAGGCUUGCUUCACCUUCGUAGCGUACCCAACUCACUACUCUCCACACAUUACCCUCGUAGUGCGCUUUGAAGCAGACACAGAGCGCAGGAAGGUGGGCCUCCCGCAUCGCGUUACCUUCCUGGGCCGCAGUUUACUGGAGCCGGAGUACACACAGACAGAAGAAGUGCAGCUAAAUCGGCAGCGUCACGCUGUGUGCACCAACGCUGUCUUCCAGCUGCAUGAGAACAUCCGUGACAAACUGCGUCCCAUCUCUUUGGUCAUAACCCACACUAUCAAGCCCGUGCCGCCACGCAGACACUCUGCAAAAAGGCUGGAGAAGCUGCCGCCAAUACUCAAUGUCUCCCCUUCCAAUACGCUCCACUCUGAGGUGAACUUUCUGCGAGAAGGAUGCGGCAAUGACAAAAUCUGCCAGAGCAACCUGAAGCUAAGCUACCAGUUUGGUACUCGACCCCUGAACUCUGACCUCUUCAUCCCUCUGUCAAAAGAUGAGGACGAUGUGCAGGUGUUUUCUCUCUCAGAUCAGCGGCUGGUGGUGCUGGACAUCACCGUCACUAACAUGCCCUCUGACCCUCUUUACCCCGAGGAGGAUGGCGAUGAUGCUCAUGCUGCUCAGCUUAUUAUCUCCCUGCCAAACACACUGUCAUACGCCGGCUCCAGGAUCCCAGAGCAGAUGAGAUGUCAAGCAAACCAGAAUGGCUCCCAGGUUGAAUGCGACCUGGGAAACCCCGUCAAACGAAACUCUAAACUGAAAUUUUCCAUCAGUCUGAGCACAGCUAACAUCACUAUUGAGACCACCGAGCUGACAGCUGAGCUCUCACUGAAAACCAUCAGCGAACAGCCUGACUUGGUCCCUGUGACAGCUUACGCUAAAGUUGUGAUAGAGCUCCCUCUGUCUGUCAGUGGGCGCGUCAAUCCCGACAAGCUGUUCUUCAGCGGUGCAGUGAGGGGUGAGAGUGCUAUGAGCAGUCUGGACGACAUCGGCAGUGCUGUGGGUUUUGAGUUUGUGGUUGCUAAUCCCGGUCAAGCUCUCCAGACACUUGGCUCUGCCUUCCUCAACAUCAUGUGGCCCUAUGAGCUGGCCAAUGAGAAAUGGCUCCUGUAUCCUGCCAGCUUGACGUUUCAAGGCCACCCGGAAACACAGUGCAGCCCUACAUCAGCUCUGAAUCCUCUGAAGCUACAGGGCUCCUCGCCUGCAGAGCCGGGCAGUCACGGGCAGGUUGGGCGAAAACGCCGCUCCCACCCUGAGGAGGAAGGUCAGAUCAUGACUAAAGGCAGCGUGGGACAGACCACGCCUGCUGUGGCAGCUUCAGACAGACGCAAGUCGCUCAAACUGGAUUGCCUGCUGGGGUCAGCACGCUGUGUGCUGUUCCAGUGUCCUCUCCACAGCUUCUCCGGUCAGGCUGUGCUUAAAAUCCACGCCAGACUGUGGAACAGCAGUUUCAUAGAGGACUUCCCAGCAGUCAGUGCUCUGGAGCUGCUGGUCAGAGCCAACAUCACUGUGAAGUCCAGCAUCAAACAUCUGGUCCUUAAGGAUGCUGCUGCACUGGUUUCAGUGAUGAUUUAUCCCGAGCACGGUGUUACUGACCAGUACUGGAUCCCCUGGUGGAUCAUCCUCAUUGCCAUCCUGGCAGGUGUCCUGCUGCUGGCACUGCUGGUCCUCAUGCUAUGGAAGUGUGGGUUCUUCAAACGCAGUGAGCGACGCCAUCAUUAUGAGACGGAGUACUACCGUGCCCAUUUGGGGGUCCAACCCUCGGAGGCGGAGAAGCAGGCGACAGAACAAUAAUAUAAAGUAUACCCCCCUCUGGCCUGCUCUCCCCUCCUCUUCUCACUCCAAGCGGUAAAAAUCUUCACCUGCAGUCGUCUUUGUUCCUCAAUUCACUCGAAGGCCGGUGGUGUUCAUUACAGCAUGACAGCAAAUGUAGGCUCAGAUGAUCUCAGGUGGCAUCAUAGCAGUGACACAUGAGAUACAAGAGAACUGAUCUCUUGUAAAGCCUUCUUUACCUUUGUUCCUGUUUAUAUUAGUAGAAAGAAAAAAACAUUAUAAUGACAAAAAAAGACAGAUUUACCAGAUUCUUAGCAUUUUCCUACUUUAUUCUUCAAUAUAGACAAAAGGUGGCUUCUAGUUUCUGCCAUCACUCAUUUUUACGGGACAAUGUUUGCAGGCAGAUUGAGAAUUAAAAUGAGAGGUUAUUAGCUCCAUAAGGGGGUAUAAAAUUAUUUCUCUAGGUUAUAUUUUGUGUCUGUUCAUUUUUAAAUUAAACCUUCAUUAAAUAGGUAAAACAUUUAUACUAAGCAACCACUUUAUUUGGUACACCUCGCUAGUUGCACUCACUUUCGCCUUCAGAGUUGCCUUGUUUUUUUCAUGACACAGAUUCAAAAAGGUCCUGGAAACGUUCCGCAGAGAAUUUGGUCCAUUUUUACGUGAUAGCAUCACACACUUUGCAGAUUUGUCAGCUAUAAACGCAUGAUGCUAAUUUCUCAUUUCAUUACACCCCAAAGGGAUCUGGUGAGUGUUGCUUGUUGAGGCAACUCAUUGUUAGGUUCAAGAAACCAGUUUCAGAUUAUUUGAGUUACAUGGAACAUUAUCCUGCUGGAAGCAGCUAUCAGAUUAUGGCUACACUUGGUCAUCUGUCUUGGUCACCUGACUCCAGCAUCUGAAUGUUGCAGCAGAAAUUGAGACUCAUCAGUUUUUCCAAUCUUCUGUUGCCCAGUUUUGAUGAGCCCGUGUGAAAUGCAGUCUCAGUUUCCUGUUCCUAGCUGACAGCAGCAGCCAAUGUGGCCUUUUGCUGCUUGAGUUCAACUAUUUCAAGGUUCAGUGUGUUGUGCAUUCAGAGAUGCUUUCCUGAAUACCUUGCAUGCAACAAGGGGUUAUUUGAAUUUUGCCUUGCAUCAGCUCAAAGGAUGCUGGCAAUUCUCCUCUGCCAACAAGGCAGGACACUGGAUACUUUGCCUGUAAACCCUGGAGAUGGUUGUGUAGAAAAAUCCCAGCAAAUCAUCAGUUCAUGAAAGACAUAGAUGUCAGCAGGUCAUCUUGGCCAUUUCUGUCAGCCUAAAUAUACGGAGAUCUUGCCAUGUGACCGACUAAUAAGACUUUUCAACUGACAAGCAUCUGUACAGGUGUACCCAGUAAAGUGGCCAGUUAGCAUAUAUGAACUGUGUUGCCUACAUUCAUGAUUUGAUCCCAAAUUUUAAAAAAGCUAUUUUCAUUGUAUUUAAUUCCCCUAAAAUGUCUGAAAUCAUCAUACCUUAUUAUAGAAACACAUAUCUGCUAUCUCUACAUAGGUGGCUAGUUGCACAUAUAGCCUAAUGCUAGGUAUUAGCCUAAAUGUCCUAUUUUAACAACAACCUUUAAUAUUAAUGUCUCCCAUGAGCAGCUACUUUGCUAGUCUCAGUUGUUGGUUCACUGAAACUGUUUUCGGUGUUUUGUUCUGUAAAAUAAUUUAAAACCUUUGUUUUCUAUUCACCUAAUCUGUGCCUGUUGAACACCAUCCAGCCAUCUCUCCUUCAAGGCUUUAACAUGCCUGCUGUGCUGUGUUUUGUGCCUCUUACUUUUCAGUUAUCUGCACUUGUUCAUUCUGGCAUCAUUCUCAGAAGACUGUUCAUUUCUACACGGUCCCCUCUUCCUAAAAAUCUAUUAACGAUUUGACAUGCAUUCAAUAACUGAUCAACUUUUCCAGGUGCCAGACUGAACUUGUCGUUAGGAUCAGUGGAUGUCUUUGUUCCUUUUAAUGAGUGUAAAUCUGCUUAGCGGUACUUCAGUGUGUUGGUGUGUUAAUCGCAGACACUUCAGGCUGGUGCAAGGUUAUAAAUGUUGAGCAUGAGAGUGUGCUUUUUGGUUGGUGUGCUGUUUUAAAUUUAUUUUUUAUUAAAAAGUCACUUUAUUUGCAGCUGGUAAUCAGGUAAUCACUUUGCCUUCUUAUCUGUGAGAUGCACUGUAAAGCUUUACCUAAACGCAAUGAAUAAGAGUGGAUAUUUUUCUUAGAAGGCAUGCUAUUUAGUAACACAGCAUCUCCUCAAACACAGUUUAACAACUGUAGUUACCACAGUCCCUUAAAAGUGGCACUGGUUAAUUCUUUUUCCUUCCCUUCUGCCUCCUCCAUCCAUCUUUCCCUUCUUCUGUGUGCACUCCGACCCACUUUCCUCCCUGGGUCAAUAGUGUGGCUUCUUCCGACGGGCGCACUACAAGGACAAACUGCCUCAGUACCACGCGGUCAAGAUUCCUCGCGAGGACCGGCCUCAGUUUCAGACUGAGAAGUCAGGAGGCGUCCAAAAAAAGGAAUGGGCCACAC